AUGGAGAGCAAGCGCUGCUUCGCCAACCGCUUCGAUGACUACAAGGGCAGCCUGCUGGCCGGGCAGUGCAAGGAGGCGGUGACGCCCUUGGUGACGGCCACCAUCGACCGCAUCCUCAAGGAGGUGCCGGCGCUGAGCGGCGGCGAGGCGGCGGGCGGCCUGGGCGGCUGCCAAGGCGGGGUUUACGGCGGCGUGGCCGGCGUGGCCUACAUGCUUUACCACGUAGCGCAGAGCCCGUACUUCGCCCAGGCGCGGGACUCCUAUCUGCGGGCGGCCAAGCAGCUAGUCGACGCCUGCGUGCGCUACGAGGAGGACUGGGGCGAGGCCGACGCCGACACCCGCGCCGCCUUCCUGCUGGGCGGCGCGGGCGUGUAUGCCGUGGCCACGCUGGUCUACCAGGCGCUCGGGCUGCCGGACUGGGCCAGGCCGCUGGGCAAGUUCCGCGAGCUGUGCGAGCUGUGCGUCCCCAUCACCUUCCUGGAGUGCGGCUCCGACGAGCUCUUCGUGGGCCGCGCCGGCUACCUGUGCGCCGCCCUGGUGCUGAAGCAGAAGCUGGGCAUGGAGGUGUUGACUCCAGCACAAAUCAAGUCAGUUUGUCAGGCAAUUUUAGAAUCUGGGAAACAGUAUGCACUGAGGAAGAGGAAACCAGUUCCCCUCAUGUACUCUUACUAUGGAACAGAAUAUCUUGGAGCUGCUCAUGGACUUUCAUCCAUCCUUCAGAUGCUGCUGUCCUAUUAUGAAUAUCUCCCGACUGCUGAUCAGGAGCUAGUAUGGCAGAGUGUUGACUUUCUCAUGGAUCAAGAACAGAAUAGCAACUGGCCUCCAGAACUAGGAGAGAUGAUUGAGCGGGAGAAUGAGCUUGUACACUGGUGUCAUGGAGCUCCAGGCAUUGCAUACAUGUUUGCAAAAGCAUACUUGGUUUCUAAGAAACCCCAGUAUCUAGAUAGUUGUAUCCGCUGUGGAGAGCUGACUUGGCAGAAGGGACUGCUGAAGAAAGGGCCUGGAAUAUGUCAUGGUGUGGCUGGCAGUGCUUAUGUGUUCCUUCUCCUUUACAGGCUCACAGGAAAAUCUAAAUACAUGUACAGAGCACAAAGGUUUGCAGAGUUCUUGUUUACUGAAGAAUUUAAGGCUGGUUCCAGGGCAUUGGAAAGUCUUUACAGUCUCUUUGAAGGUUCCUCAGGGACAAUGUGUUUCUUGGUUGACUUGCUGCAACCUAACCAGGCUGAGUUCCCUCUUUUCAGCAUCUUUGUGUAAAAUGGAACAUUGUCCAGUGCCGUGCCAGGACAGCCAUUCUGGAGGCACAAUUUCAAUUCACUAUGAA